CGUCCCAACUGAUUAGUUCACCCGAGAGAGCCAUACAACACCCGCCAAAUAGAGAACCGACUUUUCAUGCGAAACCAACCCCCUUGAUCAGCGUCCGGCGGCAGAUUACCUCGGCGGCGUCCAAAUGCCGGUGGCACGACCCGAAUCGUCCCAUCCAAGAAUCAUAGCCCACGUCGACAUGGAUUGCUUCUACGUCCAAGUGGAGCAGAGGAAGAAACCAGAGUUGAGAGGUUUACCUAGCGCGGUGGUGCAGUACAACGAGUGGAAAGGCGGGGGGUUGAUUGCGGUUAGCUACGAGGCCCGUGGAUUUGGAGUGAAGCGCUCCAUGCGAGGUGAUGAAGCGAAGCAAGUUUGUCCGCAAAUUCACCUGGUUCAAGUCCCUGUAGCUCGUGGCAAGGCAGACCUGAGUACCUACCGCAAUGCAGGUUCGGAGGUGGUUUCAAUUCUUGCGAGGAAGGGCCGAUGUGAGAGGGCUUCGAUUGAUGAAGUUUACCUUGAUCUUACUGAUGCUGCCGAAGCUAUGUUGAGGGAAAACCCUCCUGAGAGUUUGGAAGCUGUACAUGAGGAAGUUCUCAAGUCACAUGUUCUGGGGCUUGCAAAUGAGGAUGAAAUCGACAAGAAAGAAAAUGUGAAGAGAUGGAUGUGUAAUAGUGAUGCUGAUCACCGUGAUAAAUUGUUGGCCUGUGGAGCUAUUAUUACUGCUGAACUUAGAAUGCAAGUCCUAAUGGAGACAGAGUUCACUUGUUCUGCUGGCGUUGCUCAUAAUAAGAUGCUGGCAAAACUUGCAAGUGCUAUGAACAAACCUGCACAACAGACUGUUGUGCCCUCCUCGUCAGUAAAUGGGUUGCUCUAUUCUUUUCCAAUAAAGAAGAUGAAACAACUAGGUGGAAAGCUUGGGACUUCAUUACAAGGUGAUCUAGGAGUGAACACCGUUGGAGAUCUGUUGCAGUUUUCUGAAGAGAAACUACAAGAUCUCUAUGGUGUAAAGACUGGUACUUGGUUAUGGAACAUUGCCAGAGGAAUCAGUGGAGAAGAAGUUCAGGGGCGCCUUCUUCCCAAGAGCCAUGGAUCUGGAAAGUCAUUUCCUGGUCCCCGGGCUUUAAAGACAGCUGCUACAGUUCAACACUGGCUCAACCAACUUUGUGAUGAGCUUAGUGAACGUAUUUGCCGUGAUCUGGAAGAAAAUAAACGGACAGCACAUACCCUAACUCUUCAUGCUACAGCUUAUGGGCCAAGCGAGAGAGAUUCACAUAAGAAGUUUCCUUCCAAAUCUUGUCCAUUAAGGUAUGGAACUGGCAAGAUUCAAGAGGAUGCAUUUAACCUAUUUCAAGCUGGAUUACGAGAAUACUUGGGCUCUUACGGAGCCAAAACUCAAGGAAGUCAGCAUCCUGAAAGAUGGGCAAUAACAGGUCUCUCUGUUUCAGCAAGCAAAAUUAUGGCUAUACCUUCUGGAACGUGCUCCAUCAUGAAAUACUUUGGUGGCGAGCAAAGAUGUGAUGCUCCUGCCAGGCAAGUGGAGGCUAACUUCAUCCAGGAAGCUGUUCCGACGUCACCCUCAGACAGCAAAAAUUGUACAGAACUGGAAUGUUGCGAGAGGGUGGAGCUUACCGACAAUUAUUCAGAUUAUAUAGAAGACAAUAAAGUACCCAUGGAAGAAGAUAAGAAUUUGUCUUUGUUGGGCCACGAAGUGGAUAGCUCAACUAAGGAAGCUUCCCAACCACACUUCCCGAGUGAAAGUUGCUCGGGGAAAACUAAAGUUAGUGCACAGGAGUUCCCUAGUGAAGAUGUUAGACAUCAGUUGAGCACAGCACGUUCAAAACGGAAAGAGCAGAAAAAUAGUGCUUUGAAAGACCAGGGGACAAUCUUGAGGUUUUUUAAGAGCAAUGAUCAAGCUCAGGAACCAACCCGGUCUCAGGGUGACGGUAGUAACAGUUGUAAUGCCAUUCAAAAUGGAGGAGGAAGGGCAGCAUGGAGCUACAAGGUUGAUGAGAUUGACGAAUCAGUGAUUGCGGAGUUGCCAGAAGAGAUCCAAGCUGAGUUGGAGUCUUGGAUCCGGCCCCAAAAACGAGCAAAUACAGUUAAACGAGGUGGUGCUACCACUAUUGCCCAUUAUUUCUCAGCAAACCAGAAGUAGUAUACACCAAUUAGAAAAGAAAGUUUGUAUACUCUGUGCAUGUGUGUUGUAAUUUAAUUGACAAAAUAGUUUAGCGCCUCAAGUUUUCCGUUGGAGAUACUUGAGCACUUCUACUACGUUCAGUUGUGUCGGUAACCGUGUGAUAAACAAUGGAAAGAAUC